CUGUCAGUCUAUUUGUGGCUAAACCAGCGGCGGGAAGAGCAGCUGCAUUUUGGCUCUUAUUCUCUCUCUCUCUCUCUCUCCCUCUCUCUCUCACACACACACACACAAACACAUACUCUAUUGCUCUCUCUCUCUCAUAUGCACACACACUCCCCCUCUCUCUCUCUCUCUCUCUCUCUCACACACACACACACACACAUACUCUCUUGCUCUCUCUCUCAUAUGCACACUCUCUCUCUCUCUCUCUCACACACACACCCUCCCUCUCUCUCUCUCUCUGUAUCCCUCUCAUUCAGUCAGAGUGGUUCACCUUCCUCCUCCUCCCUGAGCAUAUGGGAAGUGAAGCAUAAGACCGCAGGUACACAGGCAGACGGCAUACUGCCUAUUGGCAACAUCAUGCAGUCCAUCACUUAUGUCCUUCCCAGAGCCAUGGAUUAAUUUUUUCUCUUAUUUUUGUUUUUUCAAAUUCUGGAACUUUUAUAGAUACAUAUUUCUUGAUGCAAUGUAUAGCAUGUGUUAUCUGAAGAAAAAUGCCUUGAGAUAAAAAAAUGGACAUUUUUUGCUGUGGACACCUAUCAAGCCAGAUGUGUGGAUUAAUACAAUAGACAAAAUGGGGGAUUUGGAGUCUGGUUUUGAAGAGAUGGAUGGCGUGAAACUGGGUUACCUGGUUAUUAAAGGAAAGCAAAUGUUUGCCCUUUCGCAAGUUUUCACCGACCUCUUGAAAAAUAUCCCAAGGACCACUGUGCACAAACGAAUGGACCACUUAAACGUGAAAAAACACCACUGUGAUCUGGAGGAACUGCGAAAACUCAAAGCAAUAAAUUCUAUAGCUUUCCAUGCGGCUAAAUGUACUCUAAUUUCAAGGGAAGACGUGGAAGCUUUAUAUGUUUCUUGCAAAACGGAACGGGUGCUGAAAUCCAAAAGAAGCAAACUAAAAACGAAGUCAUCCGAGUAUCUAUAUGAUGAACAGAUUUGCUCCGAUCCUAGCAACAGUUUUUGGAGAGAAAAAGUUUGGCUCAGUUUGCACGGGGUGCAUCAGCCUCUCGCGUUUAAGAACAGAACCGGGCGGAAGCUUGCUGAGUCUGUCUCAACCCCGGCUUGUAAUCUACCUCAGAUUCACAGUAAAUGCACAAGCCAUGGCAACCAUACCAGUGCAAAAUCUGCAUGUAGGAUAUCUAAAAACUAUGAAACAGCUCAGAUACCUAGGAAUAGUUUCCUUUUUAACCCGGGUCAUUCGAUUUUUAGGAGCGUGGUUUGCGCCAGACAGUCCUCGCUCUAUCAAUCCGCCAUUGCGGUACAGUCCAAGCUCUCUAGCGCUGCCGACCUGACGUAUAAAAGAAAAAGACAGCACGAGAACACAGGGUGGCACUUUUGGAAUACAGGCAGACACAGUCGCCGUGUUUUACUCGUCCCCAAGUGCUGCAAGUCAAAACUAUUAAAUGGAUCUUUAAACAGAUUUAAUCUUGAACAAGAUUUAUACAUCGAUCACCAGCACAUAGGGAAUUUCCAGGAAAGCUGCAGCAGCGACACAGAAUCCAGCUCGUAUUCUGGACGUGCCGACAACGACUCAGAUUUUGGGUCGAGUUUGUCCGCUACCAGUAACUCUGGGACUUCAGACGAAGAAGAUGACUCUGUGUCGGAAUCUUCGGAUGUCAGUUCAGACGAGGACAGUUCUUCUCAGUCAGAUUCCAGCUCCGUCUCGAGCCAAGUUUCAUUGCAGAGUAUUCGAUUCAGGCGAACGAGCUUUUCAGCCUUCAACAGUAAAGCACCUUUACUAACACAACCUACUUUUCACUACGAACUCCAGCACAGGACACAAAAUCAAAGCGGGACACCCGUGUUGGAUUACAGAGUCUCUAACAGGAAACUGCAAAAUUGCGAUUUAAAACUCUCUGUGAAUGAACAAGUGGAGACCGGCGCAUCGAGGCAGCGUAAACCCUGUCCACUUAUUCUUCGAAGUAGAUCUCCCGAAUCAAGGAGGGAGGGAAUUCCUCAGACUGCAUUGUCACACUUCGGACUUCUUCAUGACCCAAAGUGUACCGACCCCAUAAUAAACCAUAUAAAAGGAGGAGGCCCUUUACCUUGCUUACAAGAAAACAAAGACUCCCCUAAACAAAGGGUACCCGGACAGGCGAAUAAAUACCCCCAGCCAUUGAUCUCAAACUGUGCUCAUGACAAAGAAACUGGGGUUUCCCAGUCCCCCGACAAAAAUCAUUCAUUAGGUGCAAAUUUCAAGAAGGAAACCAGUAUUAGCCAUGUCUACCCACAUCACUGUACUAUCAAGACAGAAAGAGAGGAGAAAAGCACACCCCCAAGUUGCCACAGCGAGAACGCCACCGCAGCAAAAACGCCGCCAACUCUACUGCACAAUGUUAAAAUCAAAGUGGAAGAGAACUUUGAGGAGUACCAGCACUCGUCUGAGAUCCCUGGAUUCGGAUCGGAAUAUCAAUGCAACCAGGCCGAUGCGCAAUGUCUGAAAGGAGAGGACAAACCAGUAUACAAUUUAAACUACACAAAUAAAGCCACUGAAGACGCUGAAAACCCCGCGACCUCACGAAACUCUCCCGAAAGGACCCAGGAAUUUAAAAGCACUUUAUGCACUCGUUGUCCGGAAGAAGGAGAGUACAAAAACGGCGCGAAGGUAAGGAAGAACUACAGGACUUUGGUGCUGGGGAAACAAUCUGGAAUUCCGAGGACGAAAGCUGACAGGACUGUGCAUUCUACAGGUAAACAUGAGCACUGUGAAGGAUCGCCAGAGGAUUUUACCGGCACAAACAAACGCAAACGCGCAACCAUCAACGUAGCAGCGGUGAAAAAACCGUUCAAACUCAUGGCUAAUUUUCCGUCUCCUCCUUCACUAAUUAUUGGCAGUGACGGGGAUUUGAGCCCUGCUUACUCCCUGAAGUCUACAAACGGUGAGCAGUCGCUCUUCAGGUCUCACCCGGUCUGGAAGUGGCAACUUGGUGGUUCUGCCGUACCCCUCCCACCCAGUCACAGAUUCAGGAAAUUCUAAUUUAACAAAGAUCUUUUUGAGAAAAUCUGUGGCAUCCUACCGAUAUGCCAAAUCUGUGAAAACGUCUUAAAUGGAAUAACAAGCACUGAGGACCUGCUCUGGUAGUUGAUUUGCUUUCGUCUUGGUGGGUUGCCAUUCCACGCUGUUAUUUAAACCCUCCUAUACAGAAACUGCAAUGUAGCUCAUCGGGGGCUUGAACACGUUCCAGUUUACCGUCUCACACCAAUACCUCAAGGAUUUGUACCGAUGAAAACUAAACAACAGCCAUUCGAUUUGUGCGAUGUGGUUUUGCAAAAAUGUUGACAUGAUGGUUCCAAGAGUUUUCCAUGUUAUACUGCAUUCAGUUAAACAGCUACACUUGAAAUGAUUGCCCGGGACACUCUUUUGCAAAACCUCAGUUGCCUUGCUGUGAAAUGUUUAUUACCAUUAAUGGAUUGAAUUGUAGGUAGUAUUUUUUUUUCAGAUUCAUGUUUCAACCUUACUGUACGGAUUCCCCGAACAAUGUUGACAACACUGUUAGAUAUAUUUAUAGGCUCCUACCAUCUUUUUAUUCGCCGUCUUUGUGUGUUUCUUGGGCUGAUUUAAUUGUGCUAGCCAGUUACCGAGGGAAACUAUAAUUUAAAUUGUACACACACAGACACACGCACGCACGCGCGCGCGCACACACACGAACAACACGCAGUUCACUGUAUAGGCCCACCACGGCCAGCCUUAUUUCCUGACAAUCAUGUGAGGCUUUUUAGAUUUGCACACAAACUCCCAAAAUCAAUACAUUGCUAGCACAUUCUUUCAAAUUAUGUAGAACACUUAGCGAAAUCACACUACGUGUUCGGUGUAUGUCCUGACGGACUGGGUAUCCAAACAUUAGGCCUAAAGUUUAGGACAAAACAGGGCACCAGCAUAUAAUAAUUUCAGUGCUCAGUCAAGAUAAUUUCGGCAACUUAACGUUUUGUAGCGAUGCCACAUGUAGACUUAUAAACACAAAGAGGCCAUUGCCAUUGCUCUGCUUUAGUCAAAUGCUGUUCAAAGCGUCUUUCCCUCGUGAAAACAAAAUGCCAGACUCCCCUGCAUCAGUUUACACGGGGGUACAAGAAAUCACAACAGCAACAAUCAGCGUCAUUUUUAUGCAGCCUAUUCCUGGAAACUUGAACAAAUGGGGGACUGCAGUCAAAUGACUGCCUCUGCUCUGUCAGUGAGAGAGGAAAGAUAUUUCUUUGUAUUUUGUAAGGGCAAAACAAACGGAAACAGUAGCUACUCGAAUAAGGCAAUCAACGAUGCAUUAUUAUCAAUUGUAAGAAAUUUUGAAAACAAUAUGGAAUGUGUCGUGUUAGAGAAGCUAUAUAAACUAUGCUAAACGACAAACAUAUCCAACCAGUUCUUUUCAGAUUUAAAUCCCUAAAAGCGGCGCUGCUAUCCUUGGAUAUGUUUGGGCAUGAAUGCAGUUGUCUUUAAAAACUGUAAACUGGCGGUGUUGGUUGUGUAAAUGGUGUUAUAUAUAGGCCUACAUCGGAAUGCAAAUCACAAUUCCACUGAAAAGACAAGCAAAACGUAUGUUUUUUCGUAAAGAUAAACGCAAUACUUAUCUUCCCAUCUUUUCAGGAAAGCUGAAAAUAAACCGAAUGCCGUGCAGUCAGGGUAGACAUAGGCCUGUCUAUAUUCAACCUCAUAGUUCAUUUUUUGCGUAGGCUACGGUCUAGGCAAAAUAGGGCUAGGCCAGACAGAACUUUUAGUGUAAAUAUAUCUGGUUAUAGACAAACCUCGUUAUACUAAUCAAGAGCUACAAAAUGUACAUUUGUAUGUUAUUCACAAAGGUGCAGGGUGGAAUUAACGCUUAAAACGGUUUCACUGAAACGUCCGGUCUUAGAGGGAAAAUGUUUCGUAAAUUCAUUUUGAGGAUUGGAAGAAUAUUACGACAGGACCAUUUGAACACACGCUUUUCUAUUGUGUCGACCAACAGAUUAGGGCAUGCUUUUUCAACCCGCCGUCCAGUUUGGGCUCUCGAACGUGACCUGGAAUUCCUAAGAACUCGCUAUAUUGAUCAUAAAUCACCAUGUAUGAAGACAUUAUGUGGCAUUUGAAAUUAUAUAUAGCAUAAUUGUUAGUCGUACAGUUAGAUGUUUUAGGCUACUUUAGAUGCUACAGUCCAUUUUCCUUUAAAAAGCAUUAACUUCAGUGGCUAUGUAUGGGACUGCGCUCAUCUCAUUGACAAGCUUUGUUUGCAAUCAUUAACGAGGACAUACCAAUCCGACAGCACAUUGUUAACGCAGGCCAUAACAUCACGCAGCGAAACAAUUUUAAUAACAUACAAGGCAGUGCAGUUACCACUGGGACGAAGAAAGCUUUCCUGACUGAAAACACCACAGUUGCUCGUCUUCAGUGAAUUAAAAACAUUUCCAUUUAAAAUAAGAAUCCCUACAUACUUUUCUAAACUUGCCUAAUGAAUGAUGUUUAUUCUGUGUUUGGAUGUAAAGGCCUGGUCAUGGGCACAUGGUCGUGCACUGGAUAGCCCUAUCACAGAGAUUAAUUAAUUCUUUCAGAUUAUGAAAGGCAAAAAUGAUAUCAGUCACUCCUUUAACUCAAUCUGUUAUUUCCGUAAGAUCUCCUGUCACAUAAUGCUAUGCUUUAAUGGGGUGAACAAGAAACACACCAACGUCGCACGGAGACUUAUCUUUGCAGCGGAAAACAUAUGAAUUAAUAUUAAUUCCGCUCUUAGACAAUGACACGUGAUUUCAUUUUGAGUCGGUUCCACAUACAGCUAUGAAAAUCUGGCAGUGGGGUCUGAUCAAUGCAUCGCGGCCCGAGCCGAAAACUCAUCUCCCUUGCAUCAACUGCGAUACUUGAGGUCAGAUUUUGACGAGACACUUUAAGUCACUGGUUGUGCAUAGAAAAGUAAAUAUUUAUUUUUGUGAUUUACACCUUUUGUAAUAUCAUGGAUGUGUAGGAUAAACGCACUCGAAAUGGAAACUUGAAUGGUGAAUUCUGAAGCACUUUCUUUUGAGCAAUUAAUUGUUCAUUAAAUUCAUUUGAGUGUAAA